UCUCCAGGCUGUGGGCUUGAAUUCCUGCUGGUGCUCUGUGGGUUGGAGUUGUCCUGGUCCUGUCCGCGCCACUGUAUCUGUUACUCGGCUCCCAGCACUGUCAGCUGCCAGGCUCACAACUUCCUUUCUGUACCCGAGGGCAUUCCCCCGCAUAGCGAACGCAUCUUUCUCCAAAAUAAUAAGAUUCACCGCCUACUACGAGGACACUUCAGUCCCACUACAGUCACACUGUGGAUCUACUCUAACAACAUCACCUAUAUCGAGCCCUCUACAUUUCAAGGAUUUACCUUGCUGGAGGAGCUUGAUCUGGGAGACAACCGCUACCUGCGCUCGCUGUCUCCAGAGACAUUUCAUGGACUUGGGAGACUUCAUGCCUUGCAUCUAUACCGGUGUGGGUUGAGUGCACUGCCAGACAACAUCUUCCAGGGCCUUCGCAAUCUGCAAUACUUGUAUCUGCAAGAUAACCAUUUGGAGUACCUGCAGGAUGACGUCUUUGUGGAUCUGCACAAUCUGAGUCAUCUCUUUCUUCAUGGGAACCGCCUGUGGAGCCUGCAUCAGAAUACCUUCAGAGGGCUGCGCGCUCUUGAUCGGCUAUUGCUCCACCAUAACCAGCUGCAGUGGGUGGAUCGGCUGGCCUUUCAUGACCUAAAGCACCUCACCACACUCUAUCUGUUCAACAACUCCCUUACAGAGCUGGCUGGCGAGUGCCUUGCCACGCUGGGUGCUUUGGAAUACCUUCGUCUUAACGACAAUCCCUGGGAAUGUGACUGCAAGGCCUUGUCAUUGUGGGACUGGCUCAAGAGGUUCCGUGGCUCCACAUCAUCUGUUGGUUGUGUGGCACCAGCUGAGUUGGCAGGAAAAGACCUCAAGCAUCUGAAGAAUGAGGACUUUCCAAAUUGCUCCGGAUCUGAGUCCCUGCACCAGAGCAAGACCAAGUCGUGGGCUGGAACAGACAAGGUCUCAUUAAAGCAAGAGCGCCCACCCGGCCAACCUCCACAAACCCACCCCCGCCAUCCACACCUUGCUAAACAGUUCCCACUCCCAGCCACACCUCUGCCCCAACCACCACCUGCUAGUAAUAGAGGGCAGGGAAGACCAGGUGACUCUCCGGACGCGGUGACUCCUCAGAGGCCUGGUCGCUCUCGGAACUGCACGCGGCAGAGGAACAGAAGUGGCAAAGGAAAAGGGCCCAAUGAAGUCCACACUUCGAAGGAGAUGGCAGAGAAAGGGUAUUCCGCAUCUGACUUCACUGGGAAAUAUGAUCACACAUCCUCCGAUGGUUUGACCACAAGAAGGAAGCAUAAAUGUACACCCCGGACCACUGUGUUUCCCCCCAGUGGGGUAAAGCAAGCAACCAACAGGGGCAACCAGCAGCGUCCCUGCCUCUUUCUUUCCAGUAUUCUGGGGCUUCUUGUGCUUCUAAGCCCUAGAUUCAUCCAACAGUAA